AUGUCGGACACGGAAGACGAACAGGUCCUCUUGGACGACAAUUCCUCUGACAGCGAAGAGCGUGGUGAUCUGAGAGCAUCACUAGGCAGUGUCAAGACCUACAAGGAGAGGCUGUCGCUCACAAAAAAAUCCUGCCCCGAGCUUGUGCUGCUCAACACUGUGAUCCUUCUUGCCAACAUUGCCGUGCUCACAUACCUCAUGGCCAAAGUCUUACCUCAGAAAGAGCUCAUAUACUCUCCGCUACACAGCGUCAUCUCCUAUCAGAUACAAGAUUUCGUAACAGACGAGGAUCAUCUCUGGACCGGCCCCCCCAACCCCGAGACCGAUUCCAACUGGCACAACUUGCUGCUGGGUAAGCUCAAAGUUUGA